UGCCAGCUGCGCCACACAUUCGCAGUUCCUAGCGGCUCUGGUCCCGUCUUUCAGUUGCUCACCGAGGCUUCCCGGGUCAUGGUGCCAGCCUGACUGAGAAGAGGCCGCUCUCAGGAAACGAAUGAAGAACCACUUUCUCCUGUUGUUCAAGUACAGAGGCUUAGUCCGCAAGGGGAAGAAAAGCAAAAGACGAAAAUGGCCAACUUCGUGAUCCGCCCUGCCACCGCCGCCGACUGCAGUGACAUCCUGCGCCUGAUCAAGGUUAGCCCGAGGAGCCGGCUUCUCCCAGGGCGGGGGCGAGAUCUGCUGGAGGAUGGUUUCGGAGAUCAUCCCUUCUACCACUGCCUGGUGGCAGAAGUAUCCAAGGAGCACAUCACUCCGGAAGGACACAGCGUUGUUGGUUUCGCCAUGUACUAUUUUACCUAUGACCCAUGGAUUGGAAAACUCUUGUAUCUUGAGGACUUCUUCGUAAUGAGUGAUUUUAGAGGCUUUGGGAUAGGAUCAGAAAUUCUGAAGAAUCUAAGCCAGGUUGCGAUGAAAUGUCGCUGCAGCAGCAUGCACUUCCUGGUAGCAGAAUGGAAUAAACCAUCUAUCAACUUCUACAAAAAAAGAGGCGCCUCUGAUCUGUCCAGCGAGGAGGGAUGGAGACUCUUCAAGAUCGACAAGGAGUACUUGCUAAAAAUGGCAGCGGAGGAGUGAGGAGUGCUGGUGUAGACUACAACUCCCAUUGUAUUUUAGAGCAAAUUCUCAACUUACCUUCUUUCUAUCAUGUUUGUAGUGAAAUAAGAGAAUGAGCACCCAUUCCAAAGCUUUAUUACCAGUGGCGUUGUUGCAUGUUUGAAAUGUGGUCACUUUAAGAUGGCAAUGCAGUUUGGAGUCAGAUUUAUCCUUGAACACCUUUUGAGAACAUAACGUGGUGGUGUAAUCUUAAUGUAUAUGAAAAAACUUCAUUCUUGUGAGUCAUUUAAAUGUGUACAAUGUACACACUGGUACUUAGAGUUUCUGUUUUGAUUCUUUUUUAAAUAAAUUACCCUUUGAUUUCA